AUGGCACCAGCAACGCCCGUCCACGCCCUCAGCGCGCUCGAAACCCAGAUCAACGUGCUCCCAAACGGGAAGCCGCGGAAACCGCCGGUGCGCCUGGCCGACUGCGCGCUGAGAGAGCUGGUGCAGUACAAGUGCAAUAUUGAGGUGUCGGAGAAGACCAGGAAGCCGGAUGUUAUCUGCGAGCCGGUGGUGCGGCUGUUGAGACAAUGCGGGAAUGGAUUGAGUGUUGAGACGACGGCUUGGGAGGGGUGGAAGGCGGGGCAGGAGCGUGAUGGGAGCGUGGAGGGUGUUUGA